AUGGAUGGAAUUUGGAAGAGACUUGUUUCUGGAGGGAAGAAUCACUCCUCAAAAGAGGCCGGUAAUAACCAAAAAAAUGCAACAGCUGUUAGCAAUCAUGCAUACGAUAAUGGUAGGAAUUUAGAUUAUAAUACCAAUGGUAAGUCCCACGAUAGUCAAAAUAAUGACGCCCGGCACCCUACGGCUUCAAAUACAAGCAAGCAUGAUGCGGAUAUAUCAGAUAACAACCAGAAGAUAAAAUAUAAUAUUGAUGAUUUUCAGCUAAUUAGAACGUUAGGAACAGGAUCGUUUGGAAGAGUUUUUUUAUCUAAGUACAAAGAAGAUAAUAGUAUUUAUGCGAUAAAAAGACUCAAAAAAAGUGUUGUUAUUCGCCAAAAGCAAGUGGACCAUAUUACGAAUGAAAAAGCGAUUCUUUCGAGAAUUAAGCACCCAUUUUUAGUUAGAAUGUACGGAACCUUUAAAGACGAUCGAUAUUUAUAUAUUAUGAUGGAGUUCGUUAUAGGUGGGGAAUUUUUCACGUAUCUAAGAAGAUGUAGACAUUUUGACAAUGAAACUUCAAGGUUUUAUGCUGCACAAGUUGUAUUAAUGUUUGAAUAUUUACAUGGGAAAAAUAUUAUAUAUAGAGAUCUCAAACCAGAGAAUAUUCUAAUUGAUAAAGAUGGGUAUUUAAAAUUAACUGAUUUUGGGUUUGCAAAGGCAAUUGAAUAUAGGACCUUUACACUUUGUGGGACGCCAGAAUACAUUGCACCAGAAGUUCUUUUAAAUAAAGGCCAUGGAAAACCAGUGGACUGGUGGACAUUGGGUAUAUUGAUAUACGAAAUGGUCGUAGGUUUUCCUCCUUUUUAUGAUGAUGAGCCCAUGGGGAUUUAUCAAAAAAUUCUAGCAGGCAAAAUCUUUUUCCCUAAAUAUUUUGAUAAAAAUUGUAAAAGCUUGGUGAAAAGAUUACUUACGCCAGACUUAACAAAGAGAUAUGGUAAUCUGAAAGGGGGUGUUAGUGAUAUAAAACUACAUAAAUGGUUUUAUAACUACGACUUUAAUUCUUUGAUAUCAAAGAAGGUUGACCCCCCAUAUAUUCCUAAGGUUAGCUCUUAUGACGAUUCUUCAAAUUUUGAAGAAUAUCCAGAUAGCCAUGAACAACCUACAGCUGUUACAGGUAAUGCUGAUCCAUUCAUUGAUUGGUAA